UUUUGAGAAUAGCAGUGACGUAAAUUCAAAACAAGAAUUUGUGAUUCAGGAAAAAGUGUCCACCUAGCGUGCGAUUACGUGUGAUUGUGCAAGAUACAUUUGGUUCGUUAAUAUACUUGGACCGUGAAAAAACAUUUAUUUUUACCGAUAAUUUAGAAAACCAAAUCAGACCAAAGAUUAAGUGCAAUAUAUUUAAAUUUUAAAAACACCUCAGCAAUACUGAAACAGAAAUAUGGAAGGUAUAAAAAGUGAAAUUGUAGUGCAGAAUCCGGCAGAGAAUACAGUGUUGAAAACAAGUCCAUGGGGUGUGACAGCUCAACAUGUUGUGCCCUGCUCAUUAUCAGCUGUUAUGGAUGAGGAACUAGCAAGAACCUACCAAAAACAAGAAGAGAAUGCCAUUACAACACAAACUAACAAAGAAGAUACAGAAGCUGAGUUAAGUGAAUUUUUAUCAAUUGAAGAUGGCUUGGACACAAGCAAUGACCUGCUCCUUGCACAAAUGCUACAGCUAGAGUUUGAUAAAGAACACGACUUGAUGCUAACAAAAGAAGAAAGGCACUACAAUAAGGAUAGCAAAGUGCAAAUCUUAUUCAACAAUUAUAGAACAGUGCAUCCUGCAGUUGAAGAGAGUGAUGAUGAUUCAGACGAUCUUGAGGAGUCCCUCUUCUUUCCAGCAACACCAAGUGCCUUGGCAUCAAAGAAAGGCUACAUCGGACAAGGCAAGAACAUAACAACAAAACAUGAUGCAGCUACCUGUGGACGAAGAAAUGCUUCCAGAGUUGUAGAACAGUUCCCACCAAGUUUCCAAAGUGGAGACAGCCUUGGUAUGGAUAUGAAACUAUCAAACAGAGUUUACAAUUCACUGAAAAAACACUCAAAGGCUGAAGAGAAAAAAGCACAAAAAAUUGCAGAUAAAAAAGAGCAUUCUACAGUGGAACAAGCUGUUGACCCAAAGACUCGCCUGCUACUCUACAAGCUUGUAAACAACGAAAUCCUGGACAGCAUCAAUGGAAUCAUCAGCACUGGGAAAGAAUCUGUUGUCAUACAUGCCAAUGGCGGACAAGCUGAAACCCAGUUGGUCCCUGAGGAAUGUGCCUUAAAGGUAUUUAAGACAACACUGAAUGAGUUCCGUACUCGGGAUAAAUACAUCAAAGAUGACUUCCGUUUUAAGGAUCGUUUCAGUAAGCUGAAUCCGAGGAAAAUCAUUCGGAUGUGGGCUGAAAAAGAGAUGCAUAAUUUAAACAGAAUGCGUAGCGCUGGUAUUUGCUGUCCCGAUGUGAUCCUGCUCAAGAAGCACAUCCUGGUCUUGUCGUUCAUCGGUGAAGAUCGCGUACCAGCGCCAAAACUGAAGGACGUACAACUAUCGACUGCUGACAUGAAAGUAGCAUAUGAACAGUGUGUGCAGAUGAUGGAAACAAUGUACAACACAUGUAACCUAAUCCAUGCUGAUCUCAGCGAAUACAAUAUGUUGUGGUUCAAAGGUCAAGUCUGUUUCAUAGACGUCAGCCAAUCAGUGGAGCCGACGCAUCCUCUUGCUUUAGAAUUCCUUCUUAGAGACUGUACCAAUGUUUCCAAGUUCUUCACAAGUCGAGGUUUGCAAGGCAUUCUUAAACCUCACGAACUCUUCAAUAAGGUGACCAGCCUAGAUAUAGAUGCAGAUAAUGAAAAAGAGUUCAUGGCUCAGAUUGAAGCACUUCAAGAAAAGAGGUCUGUUGAGAAAACUAUGACACAGGAGGAAAACUUUGCAUUUGAAUACUUUUUCGAAAAAACAAGGAAUGAGGAAAUGAAGGAAAGCCAUCAAACAAAUAAUGUAACAGAAAAUGAUGAAAUAUAACACAAAAAAAACAAAUCUAGGGAUAAAAAUUAGUAUUGAUAGUGAAUCCUGAUAUUCUACAUUUAAUAAUUUUAUGACUUGUUUAGCGAAGGUUGUAAAAGAGUUUAUGUUAUUUAAUCUAUGAAAAAUAGAUUAUUGUGGCAGUUUAAAAUGAAAAACUCCAGUCUAUCUGAAAACUGAGAUAUUUAUUUACUAUAUUCUGUUAUUGAUAUCCUAUUAGAUUAAUAUUAUUAUUAUUAUUAAUAUUAUUAUUAUUAUUAUUAUUGAAAUAUUUUUUUUUCAUUAUUGUUAAUAAAAAGGAUUUAUUGUUUUAUUAUUUUAAUUAUACAUAUCACAGUAUAUUUUAUUUAAACAAUAAGAAAAAACAUAAUGAUACCUCAUUGAGUACUCUACUCGUGGUAGUUAAAGAUAAUUGAAUUGUUAGGUUGAAUAAAGAAAUAUUACAUUAUUUUAAAACAUUGACAAACUAAACACUUGCAACCACUUAACAUAGGCACCUUAUUUUCUAUUGAAACUAACACAACUCUCACGAAUUUUUAAAACUUCAUGUUUAUCAAAUAAAUGCAUAGAUUUUAUACAUUAGCUUUUGUUAUUUAUCGUAAUUAGAAUGAUUUGGAAAUUAACAGUUUGAUUUCACAUGUCUGAGAAAUAAUGUCUAGCCCUUUAAAGCUAACAAUGUUAUUACAGUAAUUAAUUACAAUACAAUCGAUACGAUAGUGACGGCAGUCCUAAUGCGGUUGAGGGGGCGCUAAUCCAACUUCGCAUGUUGAUGUUUCUGGGUGCUUGACAUACAGUAUAGGGCUUAUGUAAAAUAUUUCUGCUAGGUGAAAUAUAUUAAAUAUCUGUAUUUCUUGUAAUGAAAGCAUGCAAAACUAGAAGAAUAAAAAAUUCCAGUUGCUGGGCCUUUUGUAGGUUCGAUCUUAUGGAGUAAUACUGUAUUAUUUUAAGGUACUGUAUUUAGUGAUGAAAUAAACAUUGAACAGCAGUUGAAUUGAA